CAUAUGUAAGUGGAAGCCAAACAAACAUUGCCAGGCAACUGGUAACUAUUUGGAUGUCUUGUCCUUUGUUAUGACGCAUCCAUCCACAAGAAAUCCAACUUUCACACACCUCCACAAGAAAACUUAACUAGAAGAAAUCAUUAACUCCAACCAAUUCAAGAAAACCAUAAAAAAAAAUGUCCAAGCUCAAAUUUCUCCCUAAUACCCCCCCAUUCCAUCUCUCGCUGCUUUUCUUCCUCACCCUUUUCUCUGUUUGCAAUGCUGAUUCGGUAUUAGGCCUCAGUUCAAUGAAAACCAGUGAGGUUGAUGCCACCACUGUGAGUAGGGGUUGCUCCAAUAAAAUUGGAGAAUGCUUUGAAGAGACAGAAAUGGAGUCGGAGAUCAGUAGGAGAGUGUUGCUGAUGCAAAAGAGGUACAUAAGUUAUGGGACACUGAAGAGGGAUAUGGUUCCAUGUAAUAAACCAGGAGCGUCAUACUAUGAUUGUAAUGCUAGACAGGCUCAUCCUUAUAGCAGAGGUUGUGAGGUCAUUACAAGGUGCGCAAGAAGCAUCAAUGACAUUAACAAUUAGAAGAAGAAAAUAGCAAAUUGACAUGAUCUUAUGUAAUUGGUAAUGUGUUACUGCAUUUCUUGAUUCUGUAUCCUUUUGGGAUUUUCUUGGUUGCAUCUGUAAAUUUAAGAGAAUCAUGUUUUGAUCUGCUUUGAGAACGAAAAUCUUAGCCUAGUUUUUGAGAGAUCUGGACUGUCCUUUUAUACAAUAAAUAGUUGGUACUUGUUUUGGUGA